AUGGAGCACGAGUGGCAGCAGGUUUCGCGUCGUCGACGUCGCCGUCAGUUUUCUUCUUCUUCUUUGCACUCGCAGUCAAAGGCGGUUCCCAAAGUGGAUGAAGAGGUGGGGGCGCCUCUGGCCGAGGUAUCGACUGCAAAGCAGCUGCAAAUUGUUCAGCGCGUACGUGCAAUUGCCAACGAGAGUUUGAGAGAUUCGGCGCUCCUCAAGGACGCGCUGCGUGCGAUCGUCAAGCAGUUCCACUUGACAGAAGCAUGCACGUCACUUGACAAAGACGCGGAAGAUGAGCGACUGGUGGUCGUUGGCUAUGGACUCGGAAGCUUCUGCGCGUCGUCCAAUGCAGUGCACCAGUUAGGGUUCCUCGUCGCGUUGAAGCAAGCGCUCGACAACGGAUGGAGACUGACCGCCGACGCGAAAGAUGCUGCAAAACCCGACGGGAUUCAGCCAGCAGUUGAGCUCUUUGACCCAGUCAUGAACAAGAGUGACGCUGUUAUUGCCGAGCAGCUCGGGAUGACAGUGAUCCAGGAAAAUGAACAUGGACGACGAAAAGUGGUUUGCAACACGGUCUUCUUCAUGCCUCAUUGUGCAAAGGUGUUGUACGAGAACGUCCUUGCUUGCAACUGGGGUCUUGCUGCCAAGCAGCUCGUGAUCAUCGGUAACAGUUUUUCAGCGUACGGAGACCGCGUGCUUGCAGCUGAAGAGCGUCGAGAGCUCUUACUCGAGAAGGUGGUGCCUUACCUAGAAGAAGUGCCGCUGCCGUGUGGAGUUGCCAAGCAGCACGAGAACUUUGCGUGCUAUGAGGCAGCCUUCAACGACCUCAGCGUGCAUAGCUUUCCAUCUGAGUUGCUGAAUAGCGCUCUUGCCAACGACUUGGAUCUUAUCGCGAGGAUGGCUGCUGUGGCUAGCUCAGUCGAUUCAAAAGAGCUCGAAGCCUGA